AGAUAAUCAUAAGCGUUCUCAUGCUUAUAAACAAGUUAACCUUUCAAGUAAUACACUAAAAAAUAAAAUAAUUUUCUACAAAUAAGAUUUUAAUUUAUCAACAAAAAUUGCGUGAAGAUUUUAAUUUCAUUUAUUAUCCUAAAAAUUCAUAAAAAAGUUUAAUAAUUACUAUGAAAAUAUUCGCAUUCAAGCCGCAUGUGUUCACUGAACAUUUUCCAACUAGUGAUGUACAACCUAAAGGAAGAAUUAUAUCAAAAAUUCGAUGUGAUGACAAAAAUGUAUAUAUUUAUAAUGGUAAAGAUUCGACUGUGAUGAAUAAUCGAGAUCCCCCAAAUGUUCUUUCACUCUUUUCAACAAAACCUGAAUUUCGAGGUAUCUGGGUGUUCAAUUUACUAAGACAGCAAUGGAGAUUAAUGAGAAAUGAACGUAAUUUACCAGAUGAUAAUGAUUUCAUUUUCGGUACUCUAUUUGAAUCAAAUUAUUUAGUUAUUUGGACAAUAGAAGUACCUUCUAAUAACAAAGUUUCAAGUCGUAAGUCUCGAUUACAUAUUUGUGAUUUAAAUACCGAAAAUGUAUAUGUCCAAGAGACAGAUGGACAAGUUCCAAUUUCAUCAUUUGCACUUGAUUUAAUUCGUCAUGGGAAAUAUUUGUAUACUGUCGGAAUCGUGAGAGGUUUUAAAUUCUUUCCUGAUGUAUAUAAAUUAAAUAUAGAAAAUGGUGUAUGGGAAGUUGUCUAUAUCUGUCGAGGACUUGAUGCCAAUGAACCAGUUGGUAGAGUAGGUCAUUCAUUAGUUUACGGUAACAAAAUGAUUUAUAUAUUUGGUGGUACUGCUGAUGAUCCCGGAUUAGAUUUACUUUCUUUUAUCAGAAUUCCGGCGUUUGAUUUGGAAAAGUGCUGCUGGAAAAUAGUAGACACUCAUGGUGAUGAAAAUCACACACCGCAGUAUCCAGCUGCAAGAGAAGAUUUCGGGGUGACGAGUUAUACUGACCCAGAUUCUGGUGAAAUGAAUGUUAUAAUAUCUGGAGGAGGCUAUGACGAUAAUGUCUUUAAUAGUAUCUGGAGAUUGAAUCUCACAAGUUUAAAAUGGACGUGUCUCGAAAGAUUUGGUACAGUCUUACCUCAUUUUGUUGAAAAUAAUUCAAUGACAGUUUCUCCUGCUGGAAAAUUAUUCACAUUUGGCGGAUAUAUUUACGAUUAUGAUAUGGAACAAGGAUUUUGUAUUUCUACUUUGCACUCAACUUGGCUCAGGAUUCCCAAACUCACAGACAUUUGUUGGGAAGCUAUUUUCCAUUAUUAUCCAAACUUGACAUCAAUGACUGACGAAGAAUUAUAUUCUCUCGGUAUUCCAUUGCAUUUACUCAAGCCGCGUAUUAAUUAAUAAAAUAUCUAUAAAUAAAUUUAUUGGAUUCAGUUUUAUACUGGUAACACACAAGCACGAAAAAUUGUAAAUCAAUUUAAUUACCAAUAUCGGAGGUUGGGUUUCAUUAUUUUUAUUUUGUAAUUUACGAAAUUUUAUUAUUGCCAUAAUUAAAUGACCGUCACUAGAAUUAUUGUUUCUUUCAAUUGCAGAUUGAUCAAGACAAUUACUGUCAAUAAUUGACCCACAAUUUAAUUUUAAUUGCGACAUUUUUUAAUUGCAGCUAAUAAUUAUCAACAUUGCAAUGACAGUUAGUUUAGGCGCUACCUCUACUUUUUAUUUUACAGUAAAUUAAGAUCGGAUUAGCGAGAGUUUGCGUUUCGGAAAUUUUCGGUCUUUUACCCCGACCAUCAAAGUGCAAGCCAUUGAUAUUAAAUUUAAAUGAUGGAGGUAAAAACCGAAAAUAUCCGAAACGCAGUCUCGCUAAUCCAACUAUAAAAUUAUAUAUAUAAAUUAUGACAAUUAAAGUCUGAUUUAAUUAUCAGUGCUAUAUUUAUUUAACUUCAGUAAUUACUGAAAAUUAAGUGAUAAAUAAGUCGACAAAUGGAAGAAUUUAAUUUUAAAAAUACUUUUCUUAUUUUUAUUUAUAAAUUAAUUUUAGCGUAGAAACAAAAGUAAGUAAAAAAAAAAAUUUGACAAGUAAAUAAUUGUAUAGAACAGUCGGCUAGUAAAUGGCGCGAAAUUAAAAAAAAUAUGACAGAAAGUAAAUAUAUAAAUAUAUAGAAAAUAGGGGUAAUAUUUUAAACAAAUGACAAUCAAAUAGAAUAAUGAUACUAAAGUUACCAGACAACUAAAAAUUUUCAGAUUUUUUUUCCACAAUUUAAUUAAAAAAAAAAAGAAACUAAAAAUAUGCACAUCUAGAGAAUUAGACAACCUACAUGUGCAAUGUUCUGAAAUGUUUUUUUAAAAAUAAUUUAUCGUUUUAAAAAGAAUUCAAAAAUUAUUCGACGUGGGCUGACUUCAGUAUCAUAUAGAAUAAAUUUAGUCACAAUAAAAAUUCAUUAUUUCUAAGUCAAAAAAAUAUGUUCCGGAUAAGUAAUCACCAACAUAUCAUAUACUAAAACCUUCUUCAAAACACGUUGCAUCUUAUGGUAUGAGUAUUAUUCGAAUCGGUUCAGUAGUUUUCGCAGUAUAACAGAACACAAAAAUCGGCUCCAUUUAUUAGUAUAGAAUUAUUUCUUUUUAAAACUGUAUUUAUUUUUUUGGCAAACUGUUAAUUUACGAUUAUUGUAUCACAAACCCAACGUGACAAUUUUAAAUUUUCUUGUGACCAUCAUCAUUUUUGAUACAUAUUUAUUUAAAUUUAAACAUAAUUUUAAUGAUGAUCAAAUUGAAAAUAAAAUUAACAUUAAAAAAAUCAAUUCAUAAUGUUUGGAAAAUUUUUAUUUUAUCCUAUUUUUACUUUUAAAUUCUGAGAUAGAUAUUGGGUCUGUUAUCUUAACUGAAAAUAAUAAUCUGUUU